AUGGAUUUAGUAAAGACAGAAGCUACAUGUUUACCAGCUGGUCGUUAUGAAUUUAAAGAUUCUGGUUUAUAUAUUGGUGAAUGGUUAAAUGAAAAAGCUGUUGGUCUAGGUUUAAUUACUAAAGAUAAAUGUCAAGGUGAAUAUACUGGUUUAUGGGAUAAUGGUUCAGAGAAAAGUGGUGUAUUUUUAUGGCCAAAUGCACCAGGUGCUAUGUAUGAAGGUGAAUGGGCACAUAAUCGACGUAAUGGUUAUGGUAUAUUUACACGUGAAGAUUGGGUUAUAAUGGGACAAUUUAAAGAUGAUUUUAUUAAAUGUGGUAUAAAAUGUAAAGAAGAUUCAAUUGGAAGAUUUGAAGGGGAAUUUGAAAAUGGUUUUCCUAGUUUUGGUGUUGAAACUUAUGCAGAUGGAGGAAGUUAUGCUGGUGAAUAUAAAAAUGGUGUUCGUGAAGGACUUGGUGUACGUACAUCUAUACCUUAUGGAGAAGUAAUAAACUUUUUCCCUGAAGAAGCUGCCAUUGCUGCAGAAAUCGCUUUAGAUAUUAAAAAACGUACAGCAUUACAAAAUCUUUUGAAUUCAACACAUCAUGCUCAUCAUCAUCAUCAUCAUCAUAUUACUAAUCAUGAUAGUAAUAUACAUAAUAUGAUCAAUAACAAUAACAACAACAAUAACACUACCGGUACACGUCGUGGAAGUCUUCUAAGUCAAAGAUCAGGUGAUGCAGUUGAAUUAGAUGAUCCAGAAUUAAGUGGACAAGAUGAUAUGGAAGAUGAACCAUAUUAUGGUCGACGUCCAAAUCCAUUAAAUAAUCAUAAUAAAGAUUUUAAAGAUUUACGUAUGUCAUGUAAAUUUAAAUGUGGUUUUGUAUUAUCAUCACAACGUAGUGAAUUAAUGUUAAGACGUCAACAAAAAUUGAAUCAUACAGGUAGUGGAUCAUUAAUUAAAUUUCGUGGAAGUGGUCAUAAUAGAUCUGGUCGUCGAUCGAAAUCAUUAACAAAUCUAUUUAAUCGUUCAUUAAGUAAAGAAUCAAUUACAUGUGUACGACGUCAAGGUAGUAUCACAGAACGUGGAAUAGUACGUGGAAAAAUGAAAGUAGAACAAACACCUGAAUCAGUAUUUACAUUAGAUCAGGUAGAUGCAAUUGAUCCUGAAACAGUUGAAACAUUUGCUGGACAAUGGGAAGCUGAUUCACGUCAUGGUUAUGGUGUAUGUGAACGAUCGGAUGGUGUUAUUUAUGAAGGUCAAUGGGUAAAAAAUCGACGACAUGGUUAUGGUCAAACACAUUUUCCUGAUGGUGUAUGCGAACAAGGAAGAUAUCAAAAUGGAAAAUUAGUAUUUUUAUCAUGGCCAAAAGGUGCAAAAUCAUAUUUAUUAUUAUAUAAUUAUCAUAUUAUGCGUGAAGUAGCUAAUGCUGUAAAACGUGCUAGAAGUAUAGCUGAUGAUGCAUUUGUUAAAGCGAAUGAAGCUAGAGAGAAUUUAAACAAAGUUGAAAAUGCAGUACAACUUUCAAAGAAAGCUGCUGAAUUAGCACGUGAUUAUUCAUUAGAAACACGUGAAUUAGUUAAAGAAAUGUAUCCAGAUUUUGAACAACCUGGUAUAAAAUAUUUAGAAGAUAUGGUACGUCUUAUGAAUAUAACAAAACGUGGUAAUCAAGCAUUUGAUACAGCACUUCAAUCAGCUAAAGAUGUUCUAGCCUCGGUUGAAGCUAAUCUAAUUGAACAUGAACAUGAACAACAACAACAAAAUCAAGAUGAUCAUCAAAAGAUGGAUUUCAAUUAUUCAUCAUUAGAUCUAGAUCUAAAUCAACCAAUCAAUAAUAAUAGUAGUAUACCAUUAUCAAGAGCUGGUUCCUAUCAUUUAAAACGUCAUCAUAAACAUCAUUCAAAUAAACAUAAACAUGGAAAUGAUAGAAUACAAUCUGUUGAAAUGAAAAACAUUGAAUAUUCAACUGGAACCGAUAUCAACAAAUCAUUAACCCUUCAAAUACCACAAUUGAAUAUUGAUUCUUCAUUUUCUCAACGAAUCAAUAAUAAUAAUAAUACCAUGGUAACAACAACAACAUUAGAGAAUAGUUUACAUGUACCAAAUCAUAAUUAUUCUAUAAAUAGAAUAGAUAAUGAUUUAUCAUCUGAAUGUGAUUCAAUCGAUGGUGAAAGUCGUACAACACGAAGUUCAUCCGAAGCAUCAAAUUAUAUAAUUUUACCAACAUUUAACCUUCUCAAACCUCAAUCAGAACCAUUAACCAUUCCACUGAAUAAACUAAUGUCAAAUACAUCAGUUAUGGAUGAUUAUUUUGGACAUUAUAAAAUUACCCCAAAACGAUUACCUUCAUUAUAUAAUGAAAAACAUCAUUCCAUGGAGAGGCUAACUGAGAACAUAGAAACUGGAAACAUAGUAACUAUGCCAAAUCGAUCUAUGGAUCGAUAUGAUGAUGAUCAUGAUCAUUUCAAACAAUUGGAUCGUGAUAUGAAAAUUGCAACAUUUCCACGUUCUUCAGAGAAUGUUGAAUCAUCUAAACGAGUUGUACGACGUAGAACAUUACCAGGAUUUUUAACACAACCUCCAUUAGAUUUAAGUAAAUAUACAAAUUUGGCAACAUUACAAGAAAAUGGAAUUAUGCCUAGUAACAAUACAUUAGAUACUGAAUAUAAUCAAUCAUCUAAUUGGAAUCCUCAAAAUAACCCAUCAACUAUUCCACAUUUAUCGAAUCAUCAAGUUACCGACAGUAAUAGUAACUAUGACCAAUCUUCUGAUAAUCCAUCAGUUAUUUAUUAUACAGAUAAUGGUAUACGUAAAAGAGCUCAUGCUUAUUCUCCCAGUAAUAAAUCAAUCCCAUUUCCUAAUAUAUCACAACAGAAUUUAGUAACUAUGGCAACUAAAUUGGAUUCUUUGAAACAAACAACAAUAACAACAACUACAUUACCUAUAUCACUUUCAACUACUACUACUAAUAAUAAUAAUACAAUGUCUACAAUUACAAAUACAUUACACAAGUAUCCUUAUUCAAGAAUGAAUCAAUCACCAUUAGUUGUAUCUAAUGUAAUGAUUGAAGAUCCACAAGAUCAAUUAACACCAUUACCAAUAUAUUAUAAAGAAUCAAGUAUUGAUUUAUCACAAAGUAUUAAACGAGGAAGUGUUCCAGAUGUUACAAAACAAAGUUCUACUUUAUCUCCAAAUGAUUUAUUAAAAUUAGAAGAGGAGCAUAAAAGAAAAUAUGAGAAUAUAUUAGAUAGAAAACGUCAAGGUGAAAUAGUUAUACAACUUGUGGAUUUCUUUGAUUGGUGCCGAGUUAAUUUGUCUAUAUUAACAUUUAUAUUGAUCAAUUGUAUUUUGGCUUGUUUCUUUUACAUCAUCAUUUACAGUUGA